AUGGGGAUUUCAGGCCUCCUGCCGGUACUAAAGAGCAUCACCGAGACCAAGAACAUCGAGGCGUACAGGGGCCAAACGCUCGCCAUUGACGGCUACUGCUGGCUCCAUCGCGCCAUCUACUCGUGCAGUCAAGAGAUUUGUCUCGGCCAGGCGACUGACAAAUAUGUAACGUAUUUUAUGGAUCGGAUCACUGCGUUGCUCCACAACGGUGUGACUCCUUACGUUGUGUUCGACGGAGGUCCUCUCCCUAUGAAGAAAGGCACGGAGGAAGAACGACGCAAGUCGAGACAGAAGAACCGAGAACUCGGUGUCCAGCACUACAACAACAAGCGCUUCGGUGAGGCUCGCAAGUGCUUUGUCCGAGCUGCUGACGUGUCUCCUUAUAUGGCUCAUCGAGUCAUCCAGCACCUGAAAGCACAGAACGUGGCCUAUGUGGUGGCUCCGUACGAAGCAGACGCUCAACUGGCCUAUCUGGUGAAGAACGGACUCGCAGAUGGUGUGAUCACCGAAGACUCGGACUGUCUUCCUUUCGGUUGCCAGACUGUGCUCUUUAAAAUGGACCGCGACAAUAUUGCUCAGGAGAUCCAGACUGCCAACCUCAAGAAGAACAAGGGGAUGAGUUUUCACAUGUUCACAGAGCAGAUGUUCCUCGAAAUGUGUAUUUUUUCAGGGUGUGAUUACUUGCCAAGUAUUCCAGGCUUUGGGCUGAAAAAAGCUUAUACUGCGAUGAAACAACACGGCUCAUUUGCGAAGAUCGUUCGAGCAUUGCGUCUUGAAGGAAAAGUGCGAAUCCCUGCGACCUAUGAAGAAGACUUUCGGAAGGCGGUCCUGACGUUCCGACACCAGCGUGUGUAUUGCCCCACGAAAAAGGAACUGGUUCCACUCACACCAGUUCCAGCAAACCUUCUAAAAACUGACCCUGCAAUGGACUUUGUAGGACCUAUGCUGUCCAGUGACGUUGCAAAGGCAAUUGCAGAAGGAGAUAUGGACCCUAUUACUAUGACGCCGUUCCCAGUCAAAGCACCUGUGUCCCGCUCUAUCCAACCAAAGGUCACUUCCUUCUUCCAUGCGUCAGAAUCUGCUGCAGCUGCAGUGUUCAAUGCUCCUCGAACGAAGCCAACGUCUUCGAAAAGAAAAUUGCCAGCGUCAUUCAUGGACAAGUGGGCGUCGAAUGCUGCGAGAUGUCGCCACCGGACGAGAACGUAA